UUGUUGGGGAACUGGAACAUACAGGUUAUUUUUAAUAAAAAUCUAGAAAAAAUGUAAGCACAAAAGCUCAACCUCCCAAUACAAAUUUGGGAUUUCGCGCCUUGUCAACUGACAAACUAGGCUUCCGAGCUGCUAUACACACUAAAACACACCCAAGUUGUGAGUAGAAACAGGUGCGAAUUUCAAAUUUUCUAUGGUAAGUCUACUCUUCUUGGCUAUUUUUUUUUAAAUUGCCGUCUUUUCCUACUGACAAGGUCGCUGAGCCAGAGUAGCAUCAUAUGCAAAAACUAUGGAAGGUGGAGGUAAGGAAUUAAAUCUCCAUGAACCAAAAAAUGUCAUCAAAAAACCUUAAAUAGGUGGCGCUACAAAUCCUAGAAUACUUGAAAAAAAUAUCAAAUCAUAGACAGCGCACGUCACUCCGUCAAUAACGCCUAGGUUCUUAGCUACUCUAGCGCUACUCUGGAGAGAUUUGGAACUAUUAUUUAUAGCUGAUAGCUGGACACUUGCAACAGUUCUACCAUAAGAGAUUUAACUCCUUUUAAUUCCACACCUCAUAGCAAAAACAUUCAUUUUGAAGCAAAGAUGGUAGGAUCGUAUAGAUGUGCUAUACCGCGUGCGCACGUGAUGGACAGAACAUUCGCAAUGCGACAAAAUCAAAACACGUUUUAUUUAACAUUCCUGACAACAUACCAAAAAUAACCUACGUAAUUUGGUCGGGUUAUUUUUUGCCCGCCAUAAAAAACGGUGGGCAACAAAAAACGUUUAGGACAUUUUAGAAGUAGGCAGAAAGGACAAGUGAGACUAUGACAAGGACAAACAAUAAUAGCGCUUUCUCUGCUACUCCUACUGAAAGAUACACAAGACUAUGCCGUUCUGUCAGUUCACCCGUGGUUCACCCCAGACCCACCACUCAUGCCCGAUCCAUACUAAAUUGUCUAAAUACUAGAUUAAUGCUCUUUAAUAUUUCUUUUAAUGCUGGCAACUCAUUUCAGCGACUUUCGAUAACUUCCCGCCUAAUCGCAUGCUAGUGCUGAUAUGCUACUGAUGCUACGCCAGCGCCGCCUAUCAGCAAUCCACUCGCGGUAACUCUCGUUUAACUUCAAGUUUCAUAUUUCGAGGUCAAAGUCGUUAAUAUGAGUUUGGAAUACAGUACCUUGUUAUAGCGAAUUAUGCGUUGGUAUUGAACGAAGGUAAUUAAGCAGCAAACGCUUAACUCAAGUUAAAGUAUUUCUAUUUCUCUUUAGGAUUUUGGUGACCUUUCAAUUAUAAUUUCAAGUGUCAAUUUUAUAUUGUUAUUGUUAGCGAUAAUGGGCUCUAUGCGUUCUCUGCUGCUUUUAGUCAUGACUGUACUCCUUGUGCACAAAGGAGAAAGCCUUAAGUGCUGGUAUUGUGACACCAUGCAUUUGAGAGGAUGCUCCGAUCCAUUCUUAGCAUCUGCUGAUGUACAAGAAGACCUUCUGUUCACCAAGGACUGUGAAUCGAAACUUUAUAAUCAUAUUCAGAUUCUUCCAAAUGGAACUACAGACACGGAAAUUGUUAAUCCUGGACUGGGGUUUGUCUGUAUAAAAUUAGUUGGAAAAAUUUUUGGGGAAAAACAUGUAUUCCGUAAUUGUGUAUUGGGUUUGCCCAAUAUUACACAGGGAUCGUGUGUUUCGAGCAUACUUGGCUCCCGGAUUCACCAAAGAAUUGGAGGAACGAUCGAAGAGUGCGAGGCGUGCGUAGGCGACUUAUGCAAUGGAGCCGUCGUAGUGGGCACAAACGCUGUCCUGCUGGCGCCACUUCUGUUAUUGUUGAAGUAAAAUGUAUGAAGACUUUACAUUUUAUAUUCAUUAGGUAACAUCUUUGUUUGAUUUCUUUUCAUAAUUAGAUUACUAUUAGGUUAAGUUUAGUCACAGAAGGGUUUAUUACAUUUGUCUUUCAGGACACACAGGACAGAGCGAGGAGGUAAAGCCUGACCAGUAAUAUAUGAUCACGCGCCAUAUUGCGAAAUUUCAUUGGAACUAAAUUUUUCAUACUAAACUGAACUGUCACCCUAUACAUGAGAAUAACAGCGCCGUCUUGACAAUGAUCAUAUAUUUUUGGUCGGGCUUUAUGUUGUUUCCUUGUACCCUGUCGCUCUUAGCAGCAAAAUAGCAGAAAGUGUCGGGUGAAUGGAAAUAACCCCUGAGGGUAAGAGUGGUUAGUUGAAGCGGAGCGGAGCGAUGUGGGGAAUCAACCAAUAGCAUUGGUUGUAAUCUCCGCUUCAUUGGAUUAUAAUCAGACAUAAAAGUUUUUGUGGCAAAAUAAAGUGAUUGACAAAAUAAAAUAUCGGCAUGUAUGAUUUUUUGGUCCUUUAACUCAUUUUUUAUUGAGGAAUGUAACAAUUUAGCAAAAAUAAUACGGUAAAAACCCAUUACUUCAAUUAUUUUUUAAAUUAAGUCUAUCCAAUAGUGAAAUCGAGAAACUGUCAUACGGAACAUCAUUCGCCGCGUCAAGUAUAGUUAUUUACUCUUUUUGGCACUGCAUACUAUAGCUUACGUUUUUAUUAAGUAUAUAGUAAAGUAUAUGUAAUAAAGAAAGUAUGUACUGAUUUGUGAUUGAUUUGCAAUCUUCAAAGUUCUCGGUAAUUUACAGCAAGUAGAAUUUAGACAUUUUAAUUAUUAAUCUAUGACUGACUUAUCGAUAACAGAUUUAUCGAUGUUUCAUUUUCUCAGACACUCGUUUGUGCUAGAAAAACUUCUAUGUCUGAUUAUAAUCAAUGUUGUUGCCUGAUUCCUCACAUCUCCGCUCCGCUCCGCCUCAGUGAACAGACAGUCUGAAGGGCAUCACUUACAAUAAAUCGCAUGCUAUUUUGUCGAUAUAUUGAAUUCGUUUCACGCGCAAUUUAUCGAACAUUGCAUCCGAUUUGUUGCAAGGUGUGUGGAGCUCUUAAGGCAUUGUGUAAUGUUCCAUUCGGAUAACGGUAGCAAACGUCAAGCGUACAGCAGUUCGCACUAGUGUGUCAGAGAUGGAUGGCUGUAUUUGUUUGCUGUUUGUUGGCAUCAUCUGAAUGCAUUAUGGUUUAAUUAGGUCACGUUUACACUGGACCACUCCCGCAGUCGAUAGCCCUGUGCUAAAUAACACGCAUUACUCUCCUCUGCGUCGCGCAGUCGGGCAAUAAAAGCCUGACGCUGUUGACUGUCGAAUGGGGCAGUUAGCUCAUUGUAAACAUGCUCUUCUGGUAUCUUCUUAUAAGUUUGAUUUAUGUGCCAUAAAUACCUAUGUUUAAUCCUAUGAAUGUUAUAUGAUUGCGUUUUAUUUUUGAGAAGAGUCGGUCAAUGUUAAACUCCUGCACAGACUUUAAAGUGUUAAGGUCACUAUUAAAAUGAAAGUGGAGGACCCGUGCGAAAUCGCUUUUUCAUACAAACGUAGUCCUCAUUUUCCUCUCUGGAUAUGAACAUUAUUAAAAAUAUUGUGACACAAUUUGUUGUAUAUCAAUCACAGCUAUGAAAUCUAAAGUAUGUAUGAAAUUUGUUUUCGCUCUUAAUUUUUACAAUAAUCAAAAAAUCUACGAUUCUCAUGAAUUCUAGCCAAUCGUGCAGUCUAACGCUACUAGUUGCGACCGAUCGCGCGCGUAAUACGAACUCAUCAACCAAUCGCGUUGUUGCGUUGGAAUGCACGAUUGGCUCGAAUUCCCGUGCGUGACACCGCUGUACUGGCCUCAUUCUUAUAGCCCGUAAGGCCCGUCCUUAGGCAUAUGUCAAUGGCAUGGGCCGACUCAAAAAAGUUGUUUGUAUGAUACUGAUUCGUUUAAGGCCUGUGUUUCUAGGGUUCCGUACCAAAAAGGUAAAAAGGAACUCUUAUAUUUUUUUAUUGAUAAUAAGAUUAAUUGUGUCAUUGUGUAAGUGCCCACUGAAGCAUUUGGUUAUUUUUGUGUUAAUUAUAUGAUUUAAAUCUGUCUAAUCAUGAUAAUAUGGUCAAUAAAACUAAAAAAAUAUUAGUUUUAUUUUUCAAAGUACAUAAUUAUAUGAGCCCUCUCGCGCAUGAGAGGAGGCAUGUGCCCAGCAGUAGGAGCGUCCCACUACUGGGCACAGGCCUCUUUUUUCUUUCAUCAUAUAAUUAUAAUAAUAAUUCAGCCUAUAUAUGUAUAUAGGCUGGUAUAUAUGUAUAUAGCAGGGGUGGCCAACUUGAUUAGACCCAAGAUCUCCUGUUUACUAACGAAACCCUGUGCGAUCUACCAGUUAAGUACAUACUUCUUGAAACCUUAAAUGAAACUGGUCUACGUAUUUAUAUUUUUUGCCUUGCCACGAUCGAGUAUAUAGGU